AUGCCACCCGCAUCUCCCCCAGCGCCCCGUCCCUCAGGAUGUCCCAGCUGUCUUCCACCUUGAAGCGCUACGUAGACUCUCCCCGCUACUCGGACACCUUGCCUUGCAGCAAAGCCUCCACCAGCUAUGGCACCUAUUCCUCCUAUUCUUCCAACCUGUCCUCCUCGUACCCAGACAAAGAGAAGGUCAACUACAAGCCCACCUCUCCUUCCAGCUACUUGGCUUCCACUCACCUGCGGACGUCGGGGGCCACCGCCUCCUCUUCUUCCUUGAACUUCGACGGGGGCGGGCGGCUGCUCCAGCGCCCCGACUCGGGCACCAGGCUGAGCCCCGGUUUCAGCCGGGUCCCUGUGCGGCCCCCCGGGAGCGGAGGCCUGAGCGGGGGGGCCACGAGCUACUCCUUUGGGAGCGGGCCCUCGACCAGCUAUGGCUCCACCCCGCUGGGACGCAAAAAAUCCAGCAGCCAUUCUGACUUGGCCCGGGACCUCUCCACCAUGCACCUGUCCUCGGACCCGUACCCCUCCACCUCCACGCGCAGCCCCUUCAUCGCCCGCACCCGCCAAGAGUUAUGUAGCCUCCAAGGAUUUUACCAGAACACCAGACACUCGGAUUACGUCAAAGACUACCUGGAGUCCUACGGCCGCAAAGGUGGGCGCUCCCUGGCCCCUGGUCUCCACGGCUCCACCCCGGAGGUCAUCACCCCCACCCUGCGCCCCACCAGCCGCUGCUCCGUUCAGCAAUGGGAGCGGGCCGACAGCCAGACAGACGUCCUGAGCAAGGAGGCUCCGAAUUCGAAAACGGUACAGGGUCUGACUGGUCUCCGAAACCUCGGUAACACCUGUUUUAUGAACUCAAUCCUGCAGUGCCUGAGUAACACCAAAGAGCUGCGAGAUUACUGCCUGCAGAGCCAGUACGUCCGUGAUCUCAACAAUAACAGCCGUAUGCAGACCGCUCUGAUGGCAGAGUUCGCCAAGCUCAUCCAAGCAUUGUGGACCUCGCCUCCCAACGAAUCCGUGAGUCCUUCCGAAUUCAAGAUGCAGAUUCAACGAUACGCUCCCCGCUUUGUGGGCUACAACCAGCAGGACGCCCAGGAGUUCCUGCGCUUCCUUCUCGAUGGGCUCCACAGCGAGGUGAACCGAGUCCUGGUGCGCCCGAAGGGCAGCAGUGACAACCUGGACCAUCUCCCGGAUGAUGAGAAGGGGAGGCAAAUGUGGAUGAAAUACCUAGCGAGAGAAGACAGCCGGAUUGGGGAUCUCUUUGUUGGGCAACUGAAAAGCUCUUUGACUUGCAGUGCAUGCGGCUACUGUUCCACCGCCUUUGAUCCCUUCUGGGACCUGUCCCUGCCCAUUGCCAAGAAAAGCUACGGUGAGGUGAAUCUGAUUGACUGUAUGCGACUCUUCACCAAGGAAGACGUCCUGGAUGGAGACGAGAAACCCACGUGCUGCCGCUGCAAAGCUAGGACGAAAUGUAUGAAGAAAUUCAGCAUCCAGCGGUUCCCCAAGAUCCUGGUGUUACACCUGAAACGUUUCUCCGAAGCGAGGAUGCGAUCCAGCAAACUCACCACCUUCGUAAAUUUCCCGCUCAAGGAUCUGGAUCUCCGGGAAUUUGCUUCCCAGAGUUGCAAUCAUGCAAUUUACAACCUGUACGCCAUCUCCAAUCACAGUGGGACCACGAUGGGUGGCCAUUACACAGCCUACUGUAAGAGUCCGGUCUCUGGAGAAUGGCACGCCUUCAACGACUCACGCGUCACGCCGCUCUCCUUGAGCCACCUCCGCAGCAGCGACGCCUAUCUCCUUUUCUAUGAGCUGGCCAGCCCGUCUUCGCGAAUGUAGCUGCCAUGUCACGCCCCCCACGCACGCCCCUACGAAGAGGAAAACCCACGAGAUCCUGGAGGAAGGACGAGAGCCAAGCACCAGCUCAGAAACGCACGGGGCGGGGGGGCGGAGACCCAGGACAAUGGUGAUUGGAGGGGUUUUUCUAAACUGGGUUUUUUUUCCUUUUUUCCUAAAAAACAAGCAAAAGCAAAAAAAAA